GGGAGCGCGGGGCGCCUGAGGAGCGCCUGAGGGACGCGGGGAUGGCGGAGGAAGGGGCCGUCACCGUCUGCGUGCGGCUGCGGCCGCUCAUCGCCAGGGAAAGCGCUUUGGAGGAUAAGGCGUCGCUUUACUGGACGAGUGAGAAUAAUACGAUUUCGGAAGUGAAUGGCACCAAAGUGUUCAGUUACGAUCGUGUCUUUCACUCAAGUGACAACACACAGCAAUUAUACGACGGUGUAGCUGUUCCAAUUAUACAGUCAGCCGUGCAAGGUUACAAUGGCACAAUCUUUGCAUAUGGACAGACUGCCUCAGGGAAGACGUACACAAUGAUGGGAAAUGAAGAUUCUGUGGGCAUUAUCCCUAACGCAAUUCAACAUGUCUUCAAAAUUAUUUGUGAGAUUCCAGAUAGAGAAUUCUUGUUAAGAGUUUCCUACAUGGAAAUCUACAAUGAAACCAUUACAGAUUUGCUUUGUGAUAUCAGGAAAAAGAAGCCUCUAGGAAUUCGUGAGGAUGUUAAUAGAAAUACGUAUGUAGAAGACCUGAUUGAAGAAGUGGUUGUUUCCCCACAACAAGUUAUGGAAUGGAUCAGGAAAGGAGAAAAAAAUCGCCAUUAUGGGGAAACAAAAAUGAAUGAGCACAGCAGCCGUUCUCACACUAUCUUCAGAAUGAUAAUUGAAAGCAGAGAACGAAGUGACCUUGCAAAUGCAAACUGCGAUGGAGCAGUGAUGGUGUCCCACUUGAACUUGGUAGAUCUGGCAGGCAGCGAAAGAGCUAGUCAAACAGGAUCUGAAGGUCUCCGACUGAAAGAAGGCUGCAAUAUAAAUCGGAGUUUGUUCAUUCUGGGUCAAGUUAUCAAAAAGCUUUGUGACGACCCUUCUGGUUUCAUAAAUUACAGAGACAGCAAGCUGACUCGAAUUCUACAGAACUCUCUUGGAGGAAAUGCUAAGACGGUUAUUAUUUGUACAAUUACUCCUGUUUCUUUUGAUGAAACACUCAGUACUCUUCAGUUUGCCAAUACGGCCAAAAGAAUGAAGAAUACUCCAAAAGUCAAUGAAGUACUUAAUGAUGAUGCCCUCCUGAAGAGAUGUCGCAAAGAAAUUCUGGAUUUGAAAAAGCAACUGGAGGAAGUGUCACUGAAGACUCAAAUUCACGCGAUGGAAAAAGAUCAAUUGGCCCAGUUGCUGGAAGAAAAAAAUUCUCUUCAAAAAGUGCAGGAGGAUAGGAUACGAAACUUAACUGAGAUGCUGGUGACUUCUGCCUCGUUUUCAUCAAAACAGAAUAUUAAAGCCAAGAAAAGAAGAAGAGUUACAUGGGCUCCUGGUAAAAUAAACCAGGAGAAUGUGAAUUAUCUUGAAGACUUUGGAAAAGCAGCAUUGACUGAAACAAAAAAAAUGAAAGUGUCUCUAUCUUCACUACCAGAUGGAGAGGAUUCUACGUUUUUUGAGAUUUCUGAACAUGACAACCAAUGUUUAACUGUUCUCGAUCAAAUUUCGGACAUAGAGUGGACUGCUGGACCUAACAUGAACUGGACUCAGAAAGACUUUGAAGAAUCUGUGCAACGCUGUGAAGUUUUAGCACUAGAAAAGGAUCUUGCCGUAAAUGAAGUCAAUGUCCUACAAGUUAACUUCAAUAACCUAGUAUUAGAAAAUGAACAGCUGAAAUUAGAAAUAAAUGAAAUGAAGGAGAAACUGAAGGAAAAGAUAGAAAUGGAUGAAUUUGAAGUGCUGGAAAAACAAACGCAAAAAGAUCAUGAGAUAGAGCUAAUGCAUGAAAUCACCAACCUAAAGAGUAUAGUUUCAAAUGCUGAAGUGUACAAUGAAGAACUCGAGGCAGAAAUAAUCUCCAAAUUGGAACAGCUGAAAGAGAAGGAUGACAAAAUAAAGAUAUUACAGAAUCGUGUGGAAGAAUUGCAGAAAGCAGGAGUGGAAAAAAAGGAUGCAUCUUUUUCAGUUGUAAAUAGAGAUUCCGAUAAACUAAUUGAGGAAAUUCAACAGCUGAAUAAAUCCCUCCUAGACAGUGAAACUAUAGCCUUGGAUGCCAAAAAAGAAUCUGCUUUUCUCAGAACUGAAAAUUUGGAGCUGAAGGAGAAAAUGAAUGAACUCUUAAAUAACUACAAGCAAAUGCAAAAGGAUGUGGAACUCUAUCGAAGUCAAAUAGAAGCAGGAAAAGCCAGCUACAAAAAAAUGCAAGCUGACUUGCAGAAAGAAUUGCAGUCUGUAUUUCAAGAAAACACAAGGUUAACUUCACUGAUGGAGGGUAAAGUUCCAAAAGAUUUGCUUUCUGUUGUGGAGCUGGAAAAAAAGGCAUCUGAUGUAAAAGCAGAGCUAGAGAAAGCAUUGGAAGAGAAUUCACUCCUACAAAAACAAAUUCUUGAAAAAUGUGAGGAGCUACGCUUGCUGAAACUGGAAAGAGAAAAGCUGCUCUCUGAGGUAGCUGAUAAUGAAGUUAAACUUAAGUAUAUGACUGAAGAAAUUGGAAAAUCAAAGGAAGAUCUUGCAGAUGCACAGCUUAAAUAUGAAAACUCUGAUCAGGAAUAUGUAGCACUUAAACAACUGCAUGAAGAACUAGAACUAAAAUACGUAGCUGCAUCGGAGAGCAAUGAACAAAUGAAACUCCAAAUAGAAUAUCUAUCUAAAGAAGCAGAAGAGUCUAAAACAGCCUUGGAUGAUGUGAAAUUAGAGCUCUCUAACAAAAUGAAAGAAUUGGAAGAAAAGACAGCAGAGCACGAACAUCUUCUUGGUGUAAGAGAAGAUCUUAUUCAGACUCAGCAGAAGCUAAAUGAAAUGGAACAAUUAAAAGAGCAAGAAAAGAUCAUGGCAUCGAGAUUGGAGGCCAAGGAUUCAGAGAUACAGGCAGUUCUUCAACAGCUUAGUGGAUGUUGGGAAGAAAUAAAAACUCUCACUCAGGAAAGAGAUUACCUGAAACAAAAAGAGGAGUCUCUCCAAGCUGAGAAAGACCAGCUCAGUGAAGAUAUCAAGGACACUGUUUCCAUGAACAUUUUAGCGCAUGAAGAUCUGAGAAAUGCACAGAGUGCUCUCAAGCAGUCCCAGGAAACUGUUAAGAAGUUGGAGAAAAGUAUUUCUGAAAAAGAGUCUCAGAUGCUGAGUGUUGAGGAGACACUAAGGAAAACCAUUAGUGAACAUGAAAUACAGCUCGCUGAAGUAACUGAAAACUUGACUCGUGUCUCUUCUGAGCAUGAUAGGCUACUUGCAGAAAAAGAACAGACUGAAAGAAUAAUGAAUGAGCACGUCUGUCAGGAGCCUGAGAAAAUUGCUCUACUUAAUCAGGAGAAAGAUGAACUACAGCAAAUGGUUGAGGUCUCUAAAGCAGAAAGAGACCAGUUAGAGGCUGACUGUCAGGAAAGCAAGGAGAGAUUGUUAAAAGUUCUGACAGAAAUGGAAAGUCUGCAGGAAGAGCUAAAGCAUCAUAAAGAGCAAGCUGAUAUUCAGAAGAACUUGCUAGCAGAAGGAGAAGAGAAACUGCAAAACACUGAAGAAAAACUAACUGAAGAAAUAAACAAACUGAAAGAAAAGAUAGACGUGUUGAAUGAGGACUUAAAUCUGGUAACUAAGGAAAGGCAACAGCUGCUGGGAGAACUAAAAGAGAAGACUGAAAGUGAAAACAAUAAAGACAAUGAACUUCAACAACUAGAGAAACAACGUGAUUUGUUAGCACAGGAGAGAGAUCAGCUCCAGGAAAUGCUGGAAGGUGUUCAAGCAGAGAAGAACAAACUGGAGGUUAACCUACAGAAGAGUGUUGAUAAGAUCCUUGAAACAGAAAAGGAAUUGAAGUGGCAGCAAGAACUCCUCAGCAAUGAGAAGAUCAAAGCUGAAGAAAGGGAAGAACAUCUGUUAAAGGUUCAGAGGAGGUCAGAGAUUCUAGAGGACAGCCUAACAAACAAGAUUCAGCAGUUAACUGAGACACUAAAUAGUGUAUCAAAUGAAAAAGACCAGUUAUUGGCUGAAAGAACGAAUCAUUCUUUUCAACUUAAAGAACAAAUCUCGUCAAUUAAUGAAGAAAAAGACGAGCUACAGAAACUUCUUCAGGACAUCAGGUCUGAGCGGGACCAGCUCAAGAUGGAAUUGCAAAAAAACUCUGAGAUGUAUAUCGAAACAAGUGCUAAACUGGAAUGUGCUCUAAGUAAACUGAAGGAGAGAAGCCUGAGCGACAUGUCUGUUCAAGUGGAUGCACUGGAUAAUGCAGAACAGAUGGAUGAUGACAGCCUGAAGGCAAAAACCUUGAAAAUUAAGGAGCUUCUUGAGAUAUUCCCAAGUAUGCAGAAGAGGUAUGAAUGUCUCUCCACAAUGUCUCUUAAUGUAAAGAACGAACUGAAUAGCCAGAAAGCAGUGAUAGCUGUGAUACUGACUCAGCUUUCAUCAGAACAAAGUAAGCAAGUCAAAAGACUUCAAAUGGAAAAUGAGAAAAUAAACAGUCAUCUCCAGAAUUUAUUGAACAGACUCAAGUUUCAUUUCACUCAUGUUUGCUCAAAGAAAAGGGAGUAUCAUGCUACUGUUAACAAGUAUGAAAUGGAAUUGCUUGAGGAAGAGAGAAAGCAAGAUCAGCUACAAGCUCAAAUUCGGUGUCUCAAGAAGUUUCAUUUGAACCAGAAUGAAAUACCUUCUCAAGUGGUAAAUGUUGGUGAAGUGCUGCAGAGUUUGCAGUCGGAUGCAGAGAAUAUUCUCAAAGAUAUAUCAGAAAUGGAAAGUGAACUUCUCAGCAUAGAGGCAGAGUUACAGCAGGAAGAAAGUGCUAGAAAAGAAACAUCACAAUUCUGGGAAGCUUGUUCAGGACUCCACUAUGAUGCAGAAGAACUUAAAGAAGUGCUAAAAAAAGAUAAUGAAAGGCUUUUACAAGUCAUUAACUUCUGGACUCCAAAAGUAAAGACACUCCUUCAACUUACUUCAGAGUUGAAUGAUAGAACUUCCAACUACUGUAAAAAUGCUGAUGUUGAAUGGAAACAGAGAAAAGAGAAAACUGAAGAGUUGCUUCAGGAACUAAACACCCUUAAGGACCAACUGGCCCCUGGUGGCUCUGCUCAUCUUCUGUUAGAAGAAGAAAACUAUAGACUUCAUAACCACUUAAAGGCUGCAGAACAAGAUAAAAAGGCUAUGGAAGUAAAAAUACAGAAGUUGGAAAAUACAAUUAAUGAAGCAGAAAAAAAUGUCAGAGAAAAAGAUGACAGGAUAAAUAAGUUACAAGCGCAGAUAAAAAUAAAAGCAGAUACAAGUGAGCUCACCCAGCUGAAAGCCAAGCUGAGUGAGACAGAGAAGCGCCUCAGCACUGCCCUAACAGAAAAUCAGAGUCUCCAGGCAAAAUUAAAUAAAGGUGCUGAGUUGUACAAAGAAGAAAUUGAUAAUCUCAAAACACAAUUGGUAAAAUACGAUAUGGAAAGAAUGAAGCAAUCAAAUUCUUUUGAUAUGAAACUUGCUAAUUAUAAAGCUCUCAUAGAACAUCAAGAAGAACAGUUAAGAAAGCUAAAAGAAGAACUCAGAAGAGUACAGCAAGAUCACGAUGUUACUGUGGUGCCUAAAAAAGAAGCUCCUCAGCAAUCCCAAAUGCCCCUUACUUGUGGUGGUGGCAGUGGUAUCGUUCAGAGCACACAAAUGCUUGUUUUAAAAUCUGAACAAGUUAAGCUACAGAAAGAGAACUUGCAGCUGAAGAAACAAAAUGACCUUCUACUAAGUAAUGAGGCUCAAUUGAAAGAGGAACUUAGAAAAUGGAAAGAAAGAGCACUAAAAUUGAAAGAACAAUCUUUGAGAGAGACUACUCGAGAGACAGUACCAAGGUCUCCAAGGAAGACAGUGUCAUAUUCCCUUAAAGAGCAAAAUUCACCUUUCAAAGAGCCUAUUUCUCAGGAAACUGUGACUCAGGAUGCACCAAAGCCUCUGCCACUGAUGUGUCCAACAAAUUUCUUUGAUAAUUCCAACUUAGGUACACUAACAGAUACGCGACCUGCAGGAAUAGAGCCCCCAGAAGAAUAUCUUAAGCAGUGGUUUGGAACUUCAGAGAAAGAUAAAGCCCCUGAUUGUACUACCCAGUAAAGGUGUUCUGUCGUAAGCUGCCUUUGCAGUGGCAACAUCCAGAAUCUGCCUGUAUGGAAGAUGGUUCCUUCACGUUAAAUCGUCAACUGUGGGAAGAGCUCUGGCAGCAUGCAAUUCCCUUGUUGUCCUGGAGCUGCUGCUUCCCCCAGCUGGAAAAGCUGCAAUACGAGAACAAGAAUUGAAAAGCAGUCAUGUUGCCUGCAACCUGCUGCUGAUGUUCUUCUUUGGUUAUUUUCUGGAUAGCAAA